CCCCUUUCCCUCCCCUUUCUCCGAGUCGAGUUCUCAGGCAGCUGCGUACAAUGCUGGGAGCUAGCCAGCAGCAGAGACAGAUGGCAGAGUUAUUAGAUGUGCAUCAUACGAUUCCCUUCCUGCCACUCGCUUUUUAAUCAAAUUAAAACAAAAAAGAAAGAGAGGGAGAGAGAGAGAGGGGGAGUCAAUUAACUGCAUUUGUAUUCUGCUCAAUAAUGGACCCUGUUCCACUUUUACCCUAAGGCAGUUGAGUGGAAAUUUUAGAGAAGAAAAGGGUGCCUAGAACAAAAAAAAUUUUUUUGAAAAAAAGAAAAAGGAAAGGAAAAGAAAGAAAAGGGAAAAAAAGGAAAAGAGAAAGAAAGAAAAGAAAAGAAGGGGGGAGUGAAGACUUCAGAAAUUUGUAAGAAUCGGCAUUAUUGGAGGAACUGAUAAAAACCCCUCGGAAAAGUUGAAUCGAUCCCGCGUAUGCAUUAGGAUUGAGAGCUCCAUCAGGGCCGGGCUGCCUUCCAGCUCCGCUGCGCAAACUUGAGCGUCUGACAGCAGCGCGGCGGCCUCCCCCGCCCGCCAGGAAUGGUCUCUUCCUGCUUUGCAUAUUCACCACGCUUGGCCCGGCCAUAUGGGAAAAUGCAACUGAAGGAAUUGUUGUGAAAAAAGGGACAGCGAGUUUGAAAUAAAAGUUGUUAGAGUGGUACUGAGGAGAAAAAAGAUUCCGAGACCAUGUACUGCGCAUACACAAUCCCGGGCAUGGGCGGCAACUCUUUGAUGUACUACUAUAAUGGGAAAGCGGUCUAUGCUCCGUCAGCAAGCACUGCCGACUACAAUAGGGACUCACCAGGCUACCCUUCCUCGAAACCAGCAGCCAGCACUUUCCCUAGCUCCUUCUUCAUGCAGGAUGGCCAUCACAGCAGUGACCCUUGGAGCUCCUCCAGUGGGAUGAAUCAGCCUGGCUACGGAGGAAUGUUGGGCAAUUCUUCUCAUAUUCCACAGUCUAGCAGCUACUGUAGCCUGCAUCCACACGAACGUUUGAGCUAUCCAUCACACUCCUCAGCAGACAUCAAUUCCAGUCUUCCUCCGAUGUCCACUUUCCAUCGCAGUGGCACAAACCAUUACAGCACCUCUUCCUGUACGCCUCCUGCCAACGGGACAGACAGUAUAAUGGCAAAUAGAGGAAGCGGGGCAGCAGGCAGCUCUCAGACUGGAGACGCUCUGGGGAAAGCACUUGCUUCGAUCUAUUCUCCAGAUCACACUAACAACAGCUUUUCAUCAAACCCUUCAACUCCUGUUGGCUCUCCUCCUUCUCUCUCAGGCACAGCUGUUUGGUCCAGAAAUGGAGGACAAGCCUCAUCAUCUCCUAAUUAUGAAGGACCCUUACACUCUUUGCAAAGCCGAAUUGAAGAUCGUUUAGAAAGACUGGAUGAUGCUAUUCACGUUCUCCGGAAUCAUGCAGUGGGCCCGUCCACAGCUAUGCCUGGUGGCCACGGGGACAUGCAUGGAAUCAUCGGACCUUCUCAUAAUGGAGCGAUGGGUGGUCUGGGCUCAGGGUAUGGAACCGGUCUUCUUUCAGCCAACAGACAUUCACUCAUGGUUGGGGCCCAUCGUGAAGAUGGGGUGGCCUUGAGAGGCAGCCAUUCUCUUGUGCCAAACCAGGUUCCAGUUCCACAGCUUCCUGUCCAGUCUGCAACUUCCCCGGAUUUGAACCCACCCCAGGACCCUUACAGAGGCGUGCCGCCGGGGCUUCAGGGCCAGAGCGUCUCCUCCGGCAGCUCUGAGAUCAAAUCCGACGACGAGGGAGACGAGAACCUGCAAGACACGAAGUCUUCCGAGGACAAGAAGUUAGAUGACGACAAGAAGGAUAUCAAAUCGAUUACUAGGUCAAGAUCUAGCAAUAACGAUGACGAGGACCUGACACCGGAGCAGAAGGCAGAGCGCGAGAAGGAGAGGAGGAUGGCCAACAAUGCCCGUGAGCGCCUGCGCGUCCGCGACAUCAACGAGGCUUUCAAGGAGCUCGGCCGCAUGGUGCAGCUCCACCUCAAGAGUGACAAGCCCCAGACCAAGCUCCUGAUCCUCCACCAGGCCGUGGCCGUCAUCCUCAGCCUGGAGCAGCAGGUCCGAGAGAGGAAUCUGAAUCCGAAAGCCGCAUGCCUGAAAAGGAGGGAGGAAGAGAAGGUGUCCUCGGAACCUCCCCCGCUGUCGUUGGCAGGCCCGCACCCCGGGAUGGGAGACGCGUCAAACCACAUGGGACAGAUGUAAAAGGGUCCAAGUUGCCACAUUGCUUCAUUAAUACAAGAGACCACUUCCUUAACAGCUGUAUUAUCUUAAGCCCACAUAAAUACUUCUCCUUAACCCCUUUUUUUGUAAUAUAAGACAAGUCUGAGUAGUUACGAAUCGCAGACGCAAGAGGUUUCAGCAUUCCCAAUUACCAGAAAACCGAAAAACAAACAAAAAAAAAAGAAAGAAAAAAGUGCAACUUGAGGGACGGCCCUCUAACAUAUCAUUCAGAAUGUGCAAAGCGGUGUGUGCAGGCUGAGACGCAGCCCAGAGACUGAAUGGCAAUCUUUCCACACUGUGGAACAAUGCAUUUGUGCCUAAACUUCUUUUGGAAAAAAAAAAUAUAAUUAAUUUGUAAGUCUGAAAAAAAAAUAUUUAAUUUAAAAAAUUGUAAACUUGCAAUAAUGAAAAAGUGUACUUCUGAAGAAAACUACAUGAACGUUUUUGUUGGUAUUCAAGUCAGCUAGUGUUUAUUCUUACUGGAUAUUGAAUAAGGGGAGCCCGGCUGCCCGAGUAACAAAACCAGCAAACGUCCUGAUGACAACAAAGUGAUGACAUUAGCCAUUCCUUAGGGUAGGAGGAACAGAUGGAUCUUAUAGACCUAUGACAAAUAUAUAUAUAAAUAUAUAUAUAAAUAUAUAUUAAAAAUUUA